AUGCCGUUGUGUACAAUGUCGGUGACGUCCGGGCAGUAUCCGGUGCAGCCUCCUCAGAGAAGACCUUUCUUCGGCCGCGGUAACUUCUUCUUUUUGGGUAGCGGUUCUUCUGACGGUGCAUCGGUUGGGACGGCAGGGGUUCUCCCUUCGCGGGAGCCUUCGGGUUUUCAGAUGUUGACGAAACGAAGUCUGUUUGGUGUGUCCCAUUCGCCGUCUCAUUCCAGUAGGACGGUUGCUCACAUGGCACCGCGUUCGCAGGCAUAUACUCAGCCGCCGCAGCGGUCUAGUGGAGAUUCCCCGGUCGCGGAGAAGGCACUGUGCUCCGGUGGCAGUGCCACCGCUCACCACGCGGGUGCGAUGGGGUCAGUCUCUGCUGUGUCUGGCCCACUGGGAAGGAUGUGGGGGAAGAUCAGUAGCAUGAGCACGAUGGCGACCAGUCGAGGGGAUAGUUUGCUGUCUACGAGCAGUCGAACGUCGGUUACAGUCGAAUGCAGUCCGCGAGCGACGCAGCCGGCCCCUAAAGUUGCCGAUCGUGAGAGUCGAAUUCUUUCCCAAGUUCGUCAGGAUCUCCUGGCGAGAAAUCUAUCGAUAGACGACUUCUUGUUUCACGAGACUGUUGGCACUGGCUCAUUCGGGCGAGUGUGUAUAGUUGAUCUGCGUGGCGCGGCCGGGUGGUAUCCCCCGAUGGCAUUAAAGAUUCUGAGCAAACACAAAAUAGUGAAGAUGAAGCAGGUCGAGCAUGUGAAGGACGAGAAGAGAAUUUUGUCGUCGAUAGAGCAUCCAUUUAUUGUUAACCUCCUGGCUGCCUUUCAAGAUGAAAAGCGAUUAUUCAUUUUGAUGGAGUAUGUUAACGGCGGGGAACUCUUCAGCCACUUGCGGCGGCGCAAUUGUAUCCCGACAGAUCAGGCUCGUCUCUACGCGGCCGAGAUCACACUGGCGUUUCAGUACUUGCACCAGCGGCACAUCGUCUACAGGGAUCUCAAACCGGAGAACCUCCUCAUAGACUCCCAGGGUCACAUCAAAAUCACUGAUUUCGGUUUCGCGAAAGUUGUAAAAGAUCGCACUUGGACGUUGUGUGGAACUCAUGAAUAUCUCGCGCCAGAAUCAAUCACUCGCCGGGGCCACGGCCUACCCGUUGAUUGGUGGGCUCUUGGGAUUUUGCUGUUCGAGAUGCUUGCCGGUCAUCCGCCGUUUGUCGACGAGAAUCCCCUUGGCAUCUACCGAAAGAUCAUUGCAGGUAAAAUUGAAUUUCCUCGAUCUUUCGACUACGCAGCCAAGUCUCUUGUUAAACGGCUGCUUACCCACGAUCCGCUUAAGAGAUACGGAUGCUUGAAAGAUGGGGCAGAGGACGUGAAAAAUCACAAGUUUUUCAAGGGCAUUGAUUGGGUUCAGUGUUACAACAAAAGCAUUCGUGCCCCGUAUUUACCGAAUACCAGGGGGCCGCAGGACAGUAGUAUGUUCGAUAAAUACGCCGAAUCAACCGAGUCCUCUUCCCCGCCAAUAGGUGCAGCGGAGCAGCAGGCGUUCUUCGACAAUUUUUGA